CUACUCCUAUUGUCCCAUUUUCUUCUCUUUUUUUCCAUCUGUGUAGUCUUCUUUGCCUUUAGCUUAUUAUCACACCUCUCAACUCUCUAAUGGCAGAUAUUCAUUCUCCUCAAAACUCCACUCACUUGUUAAACUUUUCAUUUUGAUCUGUUUUCUCUCUAUAUUUUCCUUCUGACCAAUUUUUCUUCUUUUAUUUUCUUCACUGAUAAAUAAAUAUUUAGCUUCUCUACUUCCAUCACUUUUCAACCUUUAAUACAAAAAUAAUCCAUCAGAGUCUUGAGAUUUCCUUUUGUUUGGUUUGGUUUUAUGAGAUUUUGAGAAAUGGGGUUUUGCUUAAAGAUGCAAAAUGGUGGCUGACUCUUGAAAAGUCCGCUUUUUUUGUGAUUUUUGCAAAAAUUGGAGUGUCACAUACUAGUUUAAGGCAUCUGAGAUUUAGAUUUAUUGAAGUUGUCACCAGCAGAAUUUCGAGCUUUGUACAAUGCGCAGAGGAAGAGGAAAGGGAAAGAAGCAAUCUGUUCGUGAGGAUCUCGGAAAUGGUGAAGAAGAGAAGAUACCAGUUAGGAGAAGGGGAAGACCACUGAAGCCAUCAAAGGAUGAAAUAGGGGAAGAAGAAGAAGAAGAAGAAGAAGGAGCGAUGAAAGUAAAUGAAGAAGAAGAUGACAGUGAGAAUACAAAAGGUUCUGUCUUCAAUAAAGAUGUCAAGAACCAAGCUGCUGUGAAUGGAAAGAAGAGGAAGAGAACUUCACAAGUCAAGGAAGUAGAUUCAGCCAAAGUGGAAAAUGGUGUUGGGACCAAAACUAGCUCUAAUGACUUAAUAAAGUCCGUUGGAUUUAGACAAAAUGGGAGUAGAAGGAAAAACAAGCCUAGGCGGGCUGCUGAAGUUGGCGUAGAGUGCAGAUGAAUAGCUCUCUUUGCUAUUGAGGAGUGAUUCUAUGCUGAUCUAUAUCUGCUUUUCCAUUUUGCCCCUUGUUAUCAUUUGUUGUUUUAUUAAAAAAAUUAGCUAAAACUUUCUGAAGAACUGAAUUUUGUUGGAUUUCUGCGGCAAAUUCUAGUAGUCUUCAAUGUGCUGCCGCCAUUGACUUAGCAGUUUCCCUUAUUUUUCAUGUCAUGGAAAACUAAACCAUAUUUUCCCGUGUACUAUAAUCUUUGUCGCCUUUGAUUUA